AUGGUAGCACAACAAGAGCAAAUGUCAUUUCAAGUUGGAAAACGUAAACGUAUAGCACUUGUUGCACAUGACAAUAAAAAGCCUGAACUGUUAGAAUGGGUUAAGCGUAAUCGACAACAGUUAUUACAACAUGAAUUAUACGGUACAGGAACAACUGGUAAAUUAGUUGAACAAGAGUUGGGUACAACAGUCAUAAAAUAUAAAAGUGGUCCAUUAGGUGGAGAUCAACAACUAGGUGCAAAAAAAGCUGACCAAAUGAUCGAUAUUUUAAUAUUUAUGAUCGACCCAUUGACUGCACAACCACACGAUGUUGAUGUUAAAGCAUUGCAACGUAUAGCAGUGGUAUGGAACAUCCCAAUGGCCUGGGAUUUAGCGACAGCUGAUUUCAUUUUAACAUCACCAUAUAUGAAAGACACAUAUACAAGAGAAGUUCCCUCAUUUUCUACUUAUCUUAAUCGUACAAUUCCUUAA